ACAUAAUUUCGUUGUUUAACUCGUUUGCACAUCCAGCUAGCGCUUCCCAGUCAUCCCAGAGCCGAGGGAGGCGGCUCCGGCACUGCGUGCGGUUUCGGAUUUCAUCUCACAGCCAGAGGAAACUCCUGGGCUUCACAAUGGAGCGCAUAACGGCAUAAAGCGCCGCGGGCUGUAUCUGGAAUACGACGGCAGAAAAUGUUAGCACGGAACAGAAAGCGCCGAGCCUUUUUUUUCUGCGUAACCCUUGGAAGAUUGCGCCGCGCUCCGUAAAAACAAAAUCAAACUGCCGAAUGUUAUUCUUCCCACUGGGAAGUGGCAGGAAUUGUCAUCAAGCGCUGCCUGGGAUUUUGCCUGGUUUAAGGGCAGUGCUGUUAGUGAGCUGAAGGCUGAAGACGAAACACACUAAAGACACGCCGGCGUCUUCUUUUAACGCAGGCCACACAGGGGACACAAAACGCGAAGGAAGCGGUGCGAGUCUUGGAAUUUUAUUUUUAGGGGAAACACUUUCCCGAGCGGAAAUGACUUCAGUGUGAUUUUCUUUCUGCAGAGCUCCGCCAGAGAAGGGAAUUCCUAGGCAGACUGGAAAGAUGUCCGUUUUCACCCGUUCAUCGUUUCUGGAAACAUAACAGCUUUUGUUGUUUUGUUUUGUUUUUUUGCUCCUUGCAAAAAAAAUGUUUACCGGGAUGGUGAAGGUAGGGGGCGAAGUCCCCUCCAUGCCGAUCUCUGACACUGACAGCAUCACGCACGUCAACCACCGGCACCAUGCUGGGUUCAGGCCAGGUGACCCGGUUCUGGUGCCCAGAGGAAGCAGCUCUCGGAGGAAAAAGCUCUACAGGAGGCCAGGGUACAUGAGAGGUGGGCUGCAGGAGCAGCGGGGGCUCCCCGCUGAGCUGGUCAGCAAAAGGCCUUGUCAACGACCUGCGAAAAACGGGGAGGUUCACAGGGCCGAUUCGGGGUGCAGUGUCCCAGCAGAGACCCCAAAGCCCAGCUCCGGUCAACACCAUGUUUCCGGCCCGUUCUGUUCCGACAGCCCGAGUUCCCAGUCGUGCUUAGUGGUACACGAAUCGCCACGUAGGCGCCAGCUUUCGAAAGCCGACCAGGGGGGCCCAGGCCUCGGCUAUGGAAGGUGCUUCGCCGCAGACCUUCCUCAGGAGGAAAGCGCUUCAGCGCCAGGGAGCAACCGGAAGAAGCCCGAGAGCGAUCGGGAGCUGGAAGAAGGGUCCAGCCGUCUGAGCGGUGCGGAGGAGUUUCUGGGUCCACCCGGGGAGCCCUUCAGUUCCAGCUUCAGUUUCAUCCGGCUCUCGCUGAUCUCGAGUCGCGGGCCGGACUCCGUGAGCGAGCCCUCGGAGGAGAGCGGGCGCCUCCCCAGCACAGCAGAGGCGACGGGAGGCCAAAUCGAAGGCGGAUCCGUGUCCCCAGGGCGGAACAAGGAGGACUUCCUCUGUGCCGAGCUGUGGAGGGACGGGGAGGGCCCGUCUUGGGAGAAGAGACGGAGUGAGGGGGGCUCUCAGGAGACCAGGGCUGGCAUGAAAGAGAGUCUCCGGGACUCGGACUCCAUCUCCCUGGACACUGAAGCCACGUCUUGCCUGUCGGCGGAUUCCUCGGACGCCGCGUCGGCCGGCUCCUCGGUCACCUCGGGCUACGAGAGCAGCACGCCCUGCUCGGACCACGGCUGGGAUGCGCUCAUGAAGAAGUACGAAGCGGUCCUGCAGGACUGUCUCCAGGGCAACCGGACCAACAUAAAGAUUGAAUCUAUGAUACUAAAGCUCAAAAGACUUCAGGAAAAUGCCAUACUAGAGGAUGACUAUGACAGAGCCGAAAGGUUUCGAAACAAAUUGGAUGAACUGCGCAGGGAGAAGAGCUCCCUGACAGCUGAGCUUCCCUCCCGACACCCUGCAGUGUCCCGUCUUCUGGAGCGGCUGCGGGAUCAGGUGACGGGAGCACUGCAGGAGGUGACCCCCGUCUGCAGGCCCAGUAACAGAGAGGGCCAGCAGUGGCAGAAACAAGAAAGGGAUUCAUGCUCACAUCUUCAGUGCCCUGUGCAGAGAAGAGAACAGAUCCUUCAGGAGAAGCAGCAGAUCGAGAAGGAAAUCCAUGAGCUGAAAAGGAAGCUGUCAGAACUGGAGGCCCGGAGCAGCCAGCUCGAUCGCCAGGUUCUGGAGGAGGAGCAGCUGAUGGAGUAUGAGGACAGCGAGGAGCUGCCUCUGGUCAGCUUCCCUCCUGGCCAGCUACAGGACCUCAGCAGGGCCCUGGAUGACCUGGUGGGCUCUGAGCACCGAGCACAGCUGUGCACAGAACUGCCCCCACACAUCCACAGCCUCCAGGAGCAGGAACAAGCACUGAGUGUGGCCAUCAGAGAGUUUACAGCCAAAGUUUUCAUGAGUCAGAAGCUGUGCAGCAGCCUAAGGAAGAAAGUUAGUGAAAGUGAGACCCAGCUACUGACCCUGCACGAAGCCAAACUGGCAGCCAUAUCAGGGAGCGACUUUGCCACUGCGAAAGAGGUAAAGAUGGAGAUCAAGUCGCUGUGUGCCGAGAGAGACGGACUGGAAGGGCAGAUUAAGAAGCUGCAGGCUCUGAGCGAGAGCAAUAGUGAAAAACUUGAAAAGAUGAAGGUGGAUCAUGACCUUCUGAAACAGGAGCUGGAGCUGAAGGAAGCCGAGUUCGAAAGCAAUCUGAAGGAGAAUGCCGUGAAAUACAUUGAACUACUUGAGGAUCGGCUCCACAGCUGUGGAAGCCAAGUCGUGGAGCGCGUGUGGGAGGCCGACCUGGAGGCCUGUCACCUCGUGCUGCAGGGCUUGCAGCUUCGGGCGGCCGGUGUCUGCAGCUCCGAGGAGACGGAGGAGGGCCGGGCUGUGGAAGCUGGGUGCUCGCGUCACCUCUGCCCCCCAGCUGAAACCAAAGAAGGAUGCCUCUCCCCAGAAUCAAGAGCCUUAGGAGGCCCCUGGUGCACUGAAGGAGAUUUAGACCACUCUGAAUUAACCAAGGAAUUAGAAGAGUUUCUUGUCUGUGUUGAGAAUCUACCUGAGGACUGCUGCAGCGGCACCAUCGCUAUAGCUGAACAGUGCAGAUCAAUCAGCGACAAAUUGCUUUCCCUGGAGGAUCAGCUGCAAACUGCAGUUCUUCAUCGGGAUGAAAGCCUGACUCAGAAUUUGCAGAAGGAGAUCCAGACAGUGAAGGCCACUCUGCAAGCAAUGCUGGAGCAGCUGAAGGCCAGCUCUGAAGAAGAAGACUGGGAGCUGUAGGGUCUGCACAGUGCCAGCUGGUGAUUGCGACUGGGAGCUUUAUCGCAGCAUCUCAUCUGACAGCAGUACACAAGAGACCGUUUUUAGUAACUGAACACUGCCUUAACAUUAGGGACUGGGUUUAAGUGGCUGCCCCAGUGGAAAAGGCUGAAACCAGUGUUGCAAGGACCAGCCCGAUCAGAGUUAUACAAAACCAGCUGUGGUUUCUGAAAGCACAAACCCCACACAAUCCUGCAUUUGUUCUUCCAGAACAGUCAGGAGCUCAGGGUGUAAAAUUUUGCACAUGGAGAUAGACUUACAGUACACAUCCUUUUGCACACCCAUGUGAUGUGCAUUUACCGUGCCUUGCUUUAGACAAUUCUCAUGUGUAAGACAGCUCUGAUGAGAGAAAUCGAUCCAGGACUGCUUUCACACGCACAUUUUAAGGGGAUGGGGUUGCUGAAAAAGCGGUUUGUAUUUUUCAUUUCUGUGGUCAAGUUUAAAAAAAUAACUGGAUUCUUUAGCUGUCAAUAACCCUCCUCUUAUUGAUGCGCAGCCAAGUACAGAGGUGUUCUCUCACUUGCAGGAUUAUGUCCUAAGAAAAGGAUUAUAGUGGCAACAAAGAGAACACCUUUAUGCUGUGCUGCAGACAGAGAAAUGAAUUUUUUACAGCGCAUGUGCAUUCUGUGAAGUGCUUUCACAGAGCUUUAAGAGUGAAGUGAAAAACUAAGAAAAUCUUCAAUGUAUCAUUGAAGCAGCGUUAAUGGAAACAGAUGCAAGAAUUCAAGCAUUAUCUUCAUCUUGCAUUGUAACAAACCUUAAGAGUAAAGGUGAAUGUGUCUAUGGGUGACAAUUCCAGCAAGUACGCAUUUUUGGAGACUUUUUUUUUUAGACUUACACCUUUUCCUGCAGGGAUUAUUGGAAUGCUUAGUGCAUGCUUUAUAAAAAAAAGCGAGUAACAUUCCUUGGGUGAGUAGAUGUGGCUCUGUUGUGCAGGUGUCCUAGUAUCUCAUGACCUGCCUGUCAUCAUCCAGUAUGUCCCCAAGCACCUCUACACCUCUCAAGGGUGGGAGGCCUUUCUUGAGAGUGGGGCUCAAACUGUCCAGAAUUCCAAGAGGUUCUGCUUCUUCAAAAAGAAGCAAGUAGCUCUGUAGUAUGGAGAAAUUGUUGUAUUUAUUAAACAUAUGAGUCAGAAGUUAUUUUAUAUAAACAUCUUUUCUACAAAAUAAAUGGCAGUAUUUACCUAUAGUUUACUACUGUUAUUUAGCUAUUCCUAUCAAUAAAGGUUAUUAAUAUAGGUUUUUCUUUGGCCACUUGUGUCGUGACCACUCGGUUUGAAUUCACUAGAGUGGGACAGUUACACGAAGACCUGCCCCUUGUGUGUCAUCUACCUUAGCCAUUAGAUCAUUAUUUCAAUGCAAAGUGACAUUUGUUAACUUGUAAAUUCUUUCACUGUUGUUUUUAAGUAUCCAUGUUUUUGUUUUCUGAAGUUGUGUUCUCACCUAAUUUGUGUUACCACUUUAUUACAGCACGCCAGCUGUGAGUAAUUAAGCACUAAUUUUGAAUAAUAUAUAGCUGCAUCACUUCAUCAGAAUUCACCCUUGGUUCAGUUGUUUAAUGUCAGAUUGUAAUUUACAAUACUUUGUAUCAUGUAUUUAUGCAUGUAUACGGCACGGCACAGCCUGUUCAGAACAUAAUCAUGACUGCGUUCAUCUGCUUUUAUCAUUGAUGUUUAUUCUGUGUAAUUAUUUAUUAUAAAUGAUGAAACACUUAUGUUAUCUUUCACAAAGGGAAAACAAAAUGUUUAGCCAGAUAGAAUAGUAUUAAUAGACAUCCUUCCUUGACUAAAUUUGCAUCUGAAGAAAUUUAAUUGAUAAACAUUAGGAAGAACUACCUACCCUGCUAAUAGAGUAUAGACAAGUUCAUCAAUAUUCCUUUUGCAUUUAUACCGGUAUAGUACAGACAAAAGGCACAGACACCUAUUUUCUCACUUUUUACCUUUUCUACCUGUGAACAGCACUAUACAGUUAUCCUGCAGCAAAAUGUUAAAAAAAAUGUGCUGAUGUGGCUAACAUUGCAGGGCUGUCAUAUUUGUUGCCAGAUUUUCUUUUUAAAAAAACCUUUUAGAAAGAAUGGACAUUUCACCAAAGACUGUGAGAAAUGGAGAUAAGUGCUUUAUUCAUUGGUGUGGACUGCUUAGAAGCAACACUUGGCAUACAACCAGCAGUGAGAAUUUAACACACAACUCAGUUUAUGCCUGAACCAUAUUGCAAAAGCACAGGAUGAAGAGGUGUUUAUCCUUAAAACAGUUUGACUCAGAUUCUGGCUCUCAUCAAAUAGUUCACAAAUAAUUAAACUGAUGGUUUUACAAGGCAGUCAAGAAGUGGAAGUAAUUGGAAGUAAGAGGAAGUAAUAUAUGAAAAUUUGAGCCUUGCUGCGUGAAAGUCUUUUUGCAGUUUUCUCCUCUUAAUAUUGUUUUUCCUUCUGCAGAAAUAAUUCUGCACUGAUGUACUACUGAAAUUUAAGCCACUUUUAACCUAAUAGGUUAAUCUUGACGUUUUUGUAGUACAGAAAGUAACCCUUUUAGCUUUCAAAGUGGUAAUAAAUAAAAACACUAAUGACUGCUAGAAAUUGUUUAUGCUGAUAGCAAACCUGUAACUCCUGACUGUGACAUUUCAGGACAUUUGCUAUUCAAUGUGAAUGGUUUAAAAUGAAGGAGACUUAAACUAAUCUUCUUUUACCUUAUGAUCAAUAAAAAUACCACAAAACAUUGUUAAUUGUGGUAAAAAAAACAUCUGGGAGGCUUACAAAGAUGUUGGUCACUGUAUUGUAAUAUUGUGAAAUGUUAAAUUAUAUACAAAGUUUUACAAUAUUUUUCAGCUAAACAUCUUUUCUUUAAAAUAAAUGGCAGA